ACGAUGUCUAUAUUAUGUCUAUAUUGCAUAGACAUAUUAUAAUAGAAUAGGAUUUAUUCUAUUAUAUGUCUAUGCUAUAUUGUUCUCUACAUCGUAUGCUGGUAUACUACAGACAGAUUUUUUGGUGUGCACCCGUGGAUAUCUGCCAUGCCCGGGUGCGGGAUGGCGGCACUUCUCUCCAGACACUGUGACUUGCCCGAAGAAAAAUGCCGCCCAUGAACCGAUGUUUGAACCAACGCCGGUGUGCGUCACAACUGACGCCUUGGUCCGCUCGGCCACUCCGUUCCUCAAAAUAUGUAUUAUUAUCGAUAUUACUUUUGUAUUAUUUAUUAUUUUUAUCCUUAGAUAAGGAAAACAUAUUAAUUUAUUAAAAAAAAAAAGAAAUACUUGAUUUAGGUAGGUAUAUAAAAGUUGAACGAAAUAAUAUUAUAAUGUUUAUUAUAUGAUAUAGCACAUUUGAAGCACGAACUCAAAAUGAAAUAAGAAUAUAUUUUAUGCUUUUCAAAACAUACUACCGAAUCGUGCAGAAAUGAGAAUAAUUGUAUAAUAAUAUUUAUUCCGUGGAAAUUGAAAACAAAACGUUUUAUUUAAAUAUGUGCCAAACCGUUGUUUUUAGACUGAUAUACAAUAUAUUGUAUCGAAUACAAGUAUAUAAAGCGAUAUAUUUCCAUUUUCCGUUCAGUAUACUGCGGUAGAUGAGUUCAAAUAGUUCAAUAUCCUGUUAUAAAUAUAUACGAUUUCCGCUGUUCAAAAUAUGUCAAAGUCUAAAGUUUUUCCAAUUAGUCUUUUACUCGUAAUUUUCGUAAUCGUUGUUCAGACUUGCGUUGUACCUGUUAAUGUUAAGUGCGGAGGUGGUGGUGGUUGCUGCUGUUGUGGAGGCUGUGGAGGCUGCGGCGGCUGUGGUGGUGGUGGAUAUGGAGGCUAUGGCGGUGGUGGCUAUGGAGGCUACGGCGGUGGUGGCUAUGGCGGAGGUGGCUGUGGAUGUGGUUGUGGUGGAUGUGGUGGUUGCGGAGGGCACACAUUAUGUGGUAGCAUUAGGGGAUGCAUUUGUUAAGUAUAAUAAAUGAAUAUAGGUACCGUGAAACUUGUAUAUCAACUACAACAUUUCAUUAAAAAUUGAUUAUUUUAUAAGACUUUCCAAUUUUUCUGUAUUAAUAAUAUUAUUUUAUCCCCAAAUUUCACGUUGCUUAUAUAUCUAAAUAUUGACGUAGUUCUGUUUCUGUAGUUUUGUUAUUUAUUAUUAUUAUAAUACCUAUACCUAUUAAAGCUAUUUGUAAUCAUUCUACAUAAUAUGUUGUGAACAUUUUUAUUUUUAUUUUUUGUAUUAUAUAUUUACAUUAAUACAUUAUACACUUACACCUAAAUGAUGAAUCAGUAAUAAUAAGAACUAAGAAGUA